AUGCCUUCUGCAAAGAGGAGAACAGAGGCACCACAGGCCAGAAAGGAGUCAUCCUACACAUCACCGAUCUGCAAGAUCCUCGUGGGAGACACAGAAAAAGUCUUCAAGGUGCAUAGAGAAUUACUACAACGGACGUCGUUCUUCGAGCAGCACAACGAACCUGCACAAGACGAGCAGAAAGGGCACGGCGAAAAGAGAGCAGGCACUGCGUCUGCUAUAUUCUUUGACGACAAUGCUAGGCAGUCUACAGUCGAUUCGGACACUGAGCACGAAGUCAUCGACCUAGUCGAACAUGCAGAUUACAUACUUCAGGACUCGUUCUUCUACGAACCAGACGCUUGGGCAGUUUUUCAACGACACCUCUAUGAUGCCUUUCCGGUUGAACCCAGAAUAUGCGAUGAGUGCAUCACGUUGUUCAAAGCAUACGCUCUGGCUCAACUGUACAAAGUCGAAUUGUUACAGAAUGAGAUUAUUGAUGUUCUCCAAAGAUACUACAACAGAUACCAAAUACCUAUAACACACCUUAUGUACGUGGUUCAGCACUGGGGAGACAAUGUGCACACCUAUCUUGCCAGCUAUCUGAUUGCCCAAUGUGGGUACGAAAUGGCUAAGAACUGGGAACAAUGGCGACCCGAAAACGAAGGUCUACUCGAGCUGUACGCCAGUGGUCACAAAGUCAUCAUUGAGCAGUUGACCCUUGCAGCGAUGGGAUAUGCUAAGUCAGACGCAGAUCCAGCGAGGCACAAGAGAAACUGGAGGUUUCAACUUUGA